GUGGUCGGACUUUGUCACAUCCGCAAACUGUGCGACACGCAGCAGAGACUCAGCUGCGUUCAUCAGCCUCUUCCUCAUCUUCACCCACCGGAUAUCAAGUGUGUGUCAGUGGAGCAGGAAUCGAACCAGGCUGGAUGCUCGUGUGCAGCUUGAUGUCAUCGCCCAGGACUUUUAAUCAGUUUUGUUUUGAGUAAAUGUUUCGGAGGGUGGAGGAGCAGGAAGUCAGAAGAUGGACCCGGACAAUGACUCCACUUCCCGGGUGGAGAGGAGCCUGUGGUCCCUAUGGUCCUAUAUAACCGGAGCAGUGAACAGACUCUUCCGUCCAGAGCCCACGAGCCCAGAGUACAAUGACCCCGACUCCUUCCAGCAACCUGCAGCUGACAGUGAACCUGCUGACAGCCGUCCCCCAGACUCCGGGGGACGGGGUGUGGAUGAAGAACGGCCUCUUUCGACGACCUCUCUGCUUAGUCCUCCGCGGUCGGUGGUUGUCUGGGAGCUUUGCAGCACAAGUGACGACUUCGGGCCCGAGGAAGAAAUCAUGCAGUUCAGAAGCCAACUGAGUGAAGGCCCUGAGAGCAAAGCAUCUGAGGAGGCCGAGGCCACCAGAGAGGAACAGCUGGGCCAAACAGGAACUGAUGAUGCAAGGUUGCUUAAAGCAGCAAAAGAAUACAAAGAUGUGGGUGAUGAGGAAUCUUACACUCGAGGACAAGAACAGACGACAGAGAAUGAAGGGCCUUUAAGUAUUACAGAUGAUGACAUGAGGGGAAAUGGAAGACAGGCUGAUGACCACGGAAAAGUGGAUGAAAAAGGGGAAGAUGAUAAAAUGCACCUUGAACAUGAACCAACUUCGGAGAUGGAAGAUGCUGAGAUAACGUUGUGCUUGGGGACAGAUUUCAGUCCAGAAGAGGAGCGUUACAUGCACAUAGAAGAGGCAAGGCUGCUGAGGGAUGCAGCAGGAGAAGGAGAAAACCGCGAUGGGUUGUCACAGCUGGGCUCGGAAAUCAGUAUCAAGUACGACGAGGGGAGACAACAAGUUGAACAUCAGUUACUCGUCUGUGAGGAGCUCUCAGAGAAUGACAGAGAAGUCAAGGGAGACCCAGGCUCGUCCUCGCUGGAGGAUGAAUUAACUAUGACCCUCGGAAAAAGUGGUGAAGUAUCAGAGGGCGUUGGAUAUGAGCAUGUUAUGGGGGAGCUUGGUGGGGAAGAAGAGGAGGCUGCAGACCACCAGGCGGUAGAUGAAGAGUUUUUUACUGAACAGGCUGCAUGUAAUGAAGAAGUUGUGCAGGACUCUGAAGCUGAGCUGCAAACAGCUGAAUUUAGAGAUAAAGAAAAAGAGGAUGUGGCCAAAUGCAUCGAAGUGCAAACCAUAACACCAGAGACGGAUGAUGCGAACGAGGAAAAAUCGAAUGUGGCAACAACAGACGUUUCAGUGGAGAAGAGAUUUUUUGAUAAGGAUCAAACAGAAGUGGAGAGUUUUUCCAGUAAAUUGAAAGACAACAAAGAAAGUAACAUAGAAGCAGCAUGUACAACCACUUUAGUUACAGUAAAACCCAAAGGCCAAACUGGACAGGAAAUAAGUGGAGAGCUCAAAAAUAUUCCCCCGGGGGUAGGCGAAGGCCAUGCUGUUGUGGUGGAGGAGCCGCAUUCUCCGACCAGCCAGGGAACACAAGAGGGAGUUCCUGAAUACAACAAUGAGCCUGGGCCAGAUGAAAAUACAACACAAAGGUUCCUGGAAGUAGGAAAUUACAAGGAAAGCGAUGCCACCCAAUUACCAGAAGAGGUGGAGAGCCAAGAGUGGGAGAACAUUCAAAACAGUGGCACUGGAGGUGGGUUUUCCCCAGUGAGGGAGCAUAAGAAGGAGGAAGGAGACGGAACAGAAGAUUUUAAGAAGGAGGAUAGAAAGAUACUGCAGCUUACAGACGCUGGAUUACCACAAGAGACUGAGGAUAUGAUUGUCGAACCAGCCGUCGAAGGAUCAGGACAGAAAGACGAGACAUUCUCGAGCUCGAUGAGGACGAGGAUCGGACAGUUGGAAGAAGAAUUUGAGAGCCACGUUGGUACAACAGAGGAGAAUCUUAAGAAAACAGAAGAGCAGGAUGGAACUGAAGAGCUGCUGGUUGACUUUGAAACUCAUGAAGAUUUAAGUGGAACCAAAGAAGCUGCAGGAGGUGACCAGGAAUCGACGGGAGAAGCUUUGAAAAUCCUUAAGGCUGAAGAACAGAGGAUGACAGAGAUGAGUUUCUAUCAAGUGUCAGGAGAUGCUGAGCAAAACUUCGAAGACAUUAUCGAAUCUGGAUUUAUGAAACAAUUGGAGGAGCCUAAACUACCUGAAGGUAAUAGUGUAGAAAUGCAAGAUGCAGGGAUAGAUAUGGAAGAAACAGGCUCUGGAGUUGAGGAGCAGGGAACGGAAGAUGAAAUGGAGAACAACAAUGAGAUGGAAGCUUUAAAUCUGGCCGCCGAGCUAACUUCUGAAAACAACAAAAAUAUUUGGUUUGCAAAAUCGGAAUUAACGACACAAGACGAGUCGCUGGAGAUUGAAAAUCAAACAUCAGACGAAGCAUCUGAGGCGAGUGCAGCAGCAGAUAAAUUAAUGACAACCACAGGCAAACCAAAUGAUUUGGAUGUGAUAGGAAAGGAGGAAAUGGAAAAAUUUGAGGCCGAAUCAGAGGAGAGCUCCUCAAGUGGAUCUCAAGACCUGAUUGAGGAGGAAAUCCUUGACUUGUGGAUAGAGAAGGCAUCGUUCAAGGAGGCAGAAGAAAUGGAACCACGAGAAGGGCCUGAACCCGGAGGACAACGGGUCAAAAAGAGAGAGGAGCAAUCGGAUGAGACGGACGAGGAGAACGAGAAGCUUGUGGAGUCGAUGUCAGGAGAAUCUGGAUUAGUGAGCGACACAGAAAUGUCUCCAUCAGCAGCAGAGUCUGGAUUAUUGGACCAGUCUGUCAGUGGAUGGAGCACAGACCCCAGUGAGUCCAAUCUCCUGGAGUCAACGAGCUCUGGGUCCCCACAGGACAUCUUGGACUUGUUCGCUGGUGCGUUAGACUCAGCAGACGUCUCCGAACUGUCUACACGGCAGCCUGACUCUGAAUCUCAGGAUGUGUCGUUGGAGGAAGCAGCGGAGACGGGGCAGUCGGAUCUGACAGAGGAGGAAUCGACCCCUGAGACAGGAUUUCACCCUGGAUCUGGAAUAAUAUCACUAGAGGCUGGAUGUUUCAAAGUGAGAUCGGAUAAAUCUCAAGACAAAACAGAUGAGGAACCAGUUGAAUCAGCAGAAAGUGAAACUGGAAAAGAGAAAGGGAGCGACUGGAAAGACUCUGGAGAAGAAGAUCCUGAGACCCUUUACACAGAAGAGAAAACUGAAGAUGCAGGUGCACCUCGUGAGGCAGCUGUCUCUGACUCUGGAAGUGGCUCAGAGGUUUUGUUACAGGACGAAAUCCCCAUGAGGGAUUCAGAAGAUGUCCCCUUUGAUGAGAAGUUGGAGCAACCACAGGACACCGCGUGGUGGGAGGAUAUCGCUGAGGAGGCAGACGAGCCGACAGCAACUCAGGUGGACGAGUCUGCUCUGGACUUCACACCACAAAAGUCGAGGAUUGCUGUGAAAAACCCUCGUGUCAGGCCGCCCUCAGAUCCCCGCUCCCUGCUGCACAUGCCCUCAGCGGAUCCCACGCCCUCCUCGCGGCUGCCAGUCAAAGUCCCUCGAGGUGUGCCUUUGGGAGGCAUGGGCAUCGGGAUAAAACUGCCAGGCCUUGGCGCAGGUUUCCCCGCUUUGAAAAAGACCAAGCGUGCGAUGACGGAAGAAAAAAGCUCAGAGACCUUCUCACAGGAACCUGAAACAAAGCCUGAGGAGCAGAGUGAUGCGAUCAAACAAGACGAGGAAAAACCCAAACCUAAAUGGAUGCCACCUCGACAUCCAGGAUUUGGAAAUCCCCUCAUGUCUGAGCUGAAGAACAAACUGAAGAAGCCCACAAACGAGUGAUGAAGAUGAAUUGUGUGAAGAUUUGAUGAUUAUGUACAAAUGGAUUUAUUUUUUGUUGUUUUUGUCAAACUGGAUAAAGUGAUGAGAUGUU